ACAGAUUUCUGCUCUGACAAGAAUCUGCACGGUUUUGGUUAGUGUAAGGAAGCAGUGUGGUUGUUGGCUGACAGAUGAAAACACUUCCUUCUCUAAAAGCCUUCAACAAUCCUCCUCCUCAUGACCGACAACCUCGUUCAUCUUCAUGCAGCGGUAUGAGCGUGCUUUGCCUGUAACCCACUGUACAUCGGACAGUGCACACUAAUGAAAAAUCAUCUGUACAGACUGUAGAUGAGCCAGAUUAAAGCAUAGUUUCCAUCUGUAGUCCUCCAAUCUAGUGUGGGUGGCGCUGGAAGCAAGGGUGAUGCCUCGGUCAUUUUUAGUAAAGCGAGGAGGUUUAGAGCCCCUUCAGUCAGAACUGAGUCCUGUAAUGAAUGCAGCAGAAAAAGAGAAGGGGCCCUGGUACACAUCCCAGGGGGACGCCACUGCACCCAUGCAGGAUAUUGACACAGUCAUCCUUGAAUCACUGCAGAACUUUCCUGAUAACAAGUCCUCUGAAGAGCCCACUUCUGCUGAUCCCUGCUGUCCAGACCACAAAGAUACUUCCAAAGAAGACCCUCAAGCCGCUGUUUGCUCCAGACCUCAAGUGAGUUCAGAAAGGCAAAUUGAAGUUUUACAUCCAUACUUCCAGGACCAGAAGUUCCAUGACAAUUCAAAGAAAAUUUCUCCCAGAAAAGAGUGUCCACUCUGUGGCAAAGUAGGUCAUCGAGCCUUCAAAAUGCGAGCACGCUUAUAUUUACUACGCAUGUGUCCGGUUUCAAGAGACACAUGUACAAGUGCCAUGGAACCAGGACGUCAGCACGCAUCCUGUCGUACACAACAGACAGGGGAAAGGCCGUUUGCCUGCACAGAGUGUGGAAAAGCGUUCAAGCGCUCCUCCACCCUUUCCACUCAUCUGCUCAUCCAUUCUGACACCCGGCCGUAUGCAUGCCAGUACUGCAGCAAACGCUUCCACCAGAAGUCGGACAUGAAGAAACACACCUUCAUACACACUGGUGAGAAACCCCACGUGUGUCACAUAUGCGGGAAAGGCUUCAGCCAGAGCUCCAACCUCAUCACCCACAGCCGCAAGCACAAAGGCGACUGGCCCCACCGCUGCCCUCGCUGCCUGUACAGCUUCCAGGACCGACGGAACUUGUGGCAGCACCAGUGUGCCCACCGCUAACACAAGGUGAGCACCUUGUUU